AUGCCAUACUCACCUGCGGUAUAUGGCAUAUUCCGCAGGAAAUAUUUGUUCUCUUACCCGUUUUGUUCACUUCAUAACCACACAUUAACACUACUAAUACUAUGUCGGGAAUUGCUCUUGGACGUCUCGCAGAAGAAAGAAAGACCUGGAGAAAAGAUCACCCUUUUGGGUUCGUCGCACGUCCUUAAGGGGACACCCUGGGAGAAUGGGCUCUACAAACUCAGAAUGCUUUUCAAAGAUGACUACCCCUCCUCACCACCUAAGUGCAAAUUUGAGCCCCCUCUAUUCCAUCCUAAUAUCUACCCAUCUGGUACAGUGUGUCUUUCAUUAUUGGAUGAGGAAAAGGACUGGAGACCCGCCGUGACAAUCAAACAGAUCUUACUUGGUAUUCAAAGUUUGCUGAAUGAUCCCAACAUCAGAGAUCCUGCACAGGCUGAGGCUUAUACUAUAUACUGUCAAAACAAAGAAGAGUAUGAACGCAGAGUAAGGGCCCAGGCCUUGCUAUUCAAAGAUCAACUAUCCAAGGCCUGAACAAGGAGCGUAGUUUUAAUGACUCAAUAUUUAUUCCAACAAAAAGAGACACAUUCAUCAUAAAAAUGCCAUGAAACAUCCAGUGGACAUUAUUUGAUCAAAUUAGCAUUCAUGUCGGCAAACAUUAAAAAAUAAGAUGAUAAUAUUCCAGAUUCUUUUUCACCUCUAUAGCCUUUAUGUUGUAAAUAUUAUAAUUCAAAUUUUUUGUCAGUAUAUCGUAUAUAAAAGUUUUCACCUUGAAUGAAACCAACUUUAAAGCAUGUAAUUAAUCUAAGGUGCUAUAUUUGAGCAAUAAUUAUUACACGAGAAAGUCAGGAAGGCAUAUGCACAUCAAAU